GUGUAAGUUAAGUGAAAAGAUGUUUUCUGCUUGUCAAGCCUUGAAGAUGCACCUGAGUGAUGACCCACCAUUAUCCAGCAGAGAAUUGCAUGACUGUCUACAAACAAUCGAGCAAGAGUGGUUUUCUGUAUCCAGCCAAAAGACAGCCACUCCUGACUCAAUGGAUGAUUACUUGUCUGCAUUUCGGGUCAUUUCACCUUCAGUAUUGCAACAUAUAGCUAAUAUGGCUGACGGCAAUGGAAACACAGCUCUGCACUACAGUGUGUCCCACUCCCACUUUGCAAUUGUCAAGAAAUUGCUUGAUGCAGAGGUGUGUAACGUUGAUCACCAGAACAAAGCCGGGUACACGCCCAUCAUGCUGGCUGCACUCGCGGCUGUGGAGAGUCCAGAGGAACUGAGAGUUGUGGAGCAGCUCUUCACAAAAGGAGACGUCAAUGCCAAGGCCAGCCAGGCUGGUCAGACGGCUCUGAUGCUGGCUGUGAGUCACGGCAGGACGGACAUGGUGCGGGCUCUGCUGGACCGAGGGGCCGACGUCAACUUGCAGGAUGACGAGGGCUCCACGGCGCUCAUGUGCUCCAGCGAGCACGGACACGCUCACAUCGUCAGACUGCUGCUGGCACAAGACCACUGUGAUGCCACCCUGAAUGACAGUGAUGACAGCACAGCCCUGUCCAUUGCCCUGGAGGCAGGACAUCAUGACAUAGCAGUGCUCCUUUAUGCACAUGCCAACUUCUCCAAAGGACAGACAGGGGCAGCUGCUCGUCACAGCAGCUCUCUGUCCUCCUCUGGUGGCAGAAACAUCUUCGAAUGAGCUGAUGCCCCAAAGGCUGAUGCUUUUUGGAUCUUAUUUUUGAGUAUCAUAGCCUUCAUAACAGUGGGGCAAUUUGAACAGUGUCAGUAUCUUACUCAAACUUUUCAUUUCAAUGACUUUAUACUAGUUAUUCUCUGAAAUGUAUUCAAUGCAUAGUAUGUAUUAACUCGGCAGGUAACAUAUGCAUGGCAGAGUUAUUGUUAAUCCAUCUGAACAAGGGUUGAUAAUUAAUGUUUGUAUCCGGCAGUCAUCUAAUAUUUACAAUCAAUUAUUUCUUUAAUCAUUAUAAUUGUUAUUUUGCAAAUUAUAUAUAUAUGUAUGCAAAAUAGUAUUAUAAUAUUGUACAAAAACAUAUACAGUACCAUCAAACUCAUAGACAUGUGAGAGUAAAUAUGCAAAUGACCAAACAUAGGUAAUAAUUUGCUAUAAAUUGUUUCCAUUUUGUCAAUUAAGUAAAACAAUUAGGGGGACUUUGGACAUCCGUAUUUUUUAUUUUAGGCUAUUUGUGUUUUAUGAUUGAAUUGUAUUUAAGUUUAUACUUUUGCUGCAUCUGUACUUCCAUAGAAUAAUCAUACAGCAUGAUAUGUUGUAAAAAACAUGUUUUAUUUUGUCAUUUUAAAGGUGGUCUUGUUGGUGACAUGUACUGUCAGGAAUAUUUUAACUUUUGGAAACGCAACUUUCUUGCUUGGAUGAGAAGAUAAAUAAAAG